GGCGAGAUGACCGAUGAAGAAACGCAUCCGCCAUCGGAAGACAAGCGAGAGAUCGUGAAAAGUCCGCUCUGACGGAUUCCGAGAAGCAGGAGUACGUGGACGCCCACAAUGAGUUCCGAAGGCAGACCACGCCCACUGCAGGAAACAUCAGAUAUAUGAAGUGGAGCGAUGAAUUAGCCACUGUAGCCGCCAAUUAUGCCGCCAAGUGUAAGUGGGCCCACAAUGGCGCACGAACUUCCUCUCAGAACACCUUCAAUUACGUCGGAGAGAACAAGUACAUUAACUCGGCUAAGAAAAAAAUCCAUCGUUCAGUGGAGUAUUGGUGGCUAGAGAAUAGCAAGUACGAUUAUGAUACACAGACUUGUAGCUCUGGAAUCUGCACUCACUACACACAGGUUGUUUGGUAUAACUCGGAGUACGUGGGCUGCGCUGUUCAGUUUUGUUCCUCCAUGAAUGGCUUAAGCGGCUGGAAUAACGUUUACUUCCAUGUCUGCAACUAUGGGCCAGGAGGAAACUAUGUAGGACAAGACCCGUACUCUAAAGGAAGCAGCUGUUCCGGAUGUACAGAUGACUGUUGCAAGGAGGAUCUGUGUGUCCCGAUCCGUUAAACGUCGGAUC